ACAGUGAACGCUGGCCAUGUUUAAUUUGGAUGUUUGAACCUCGCAAUAAAGAUGUUUAUAUAUUUAACGGCUGCUAUUUUAAUUGACAAAUAUCUCCAAAAACUUAAUAAAAUAGAAUGAGGUAUGAACGUUUAAUGGAGGAUUCGGCACUGUGAGCCACGGAGGGCCCCCUGCAGGUGUUAAAUAUUAUCACCAAAUUAACAGCGCUGUCCGCUCCACUGCUUUACAUUGAAGGAAGUGGGACUUCUAAAGCGAAAAGUGCAGAUCAGACUGCGAUCUCCACAGCAACCCACUUUCUAUAGAGGAGCGAAACUGAAGAUGGCAUCUGGAAGGAUUCGCUCCACGCGUCGUCUGCGAUCCUGGAUAGUGGAACAGGUGAACAGUGGGAAGUAUCAUGGUCUAGUGUGGGAUAACCCUGAAAAGACCAUGUUCCGUAUCCCUUGGAAACAUGCAGGAAAACAGGAUUUUCGGAGUGAGGAAGAUGCAGCUAUUUUCAAGGCUUGGGCUGCGUUUAAAGGGAAGCUUUUGGAGAAUGAAAGUUCAGACCCUGCGUCCUGGAAAACUCGGCUUCGCUGUGCCCUCAACAAAAGUCCAGAGUUCAGUGAGGUCACUGAAAGGUCACAGCUGGACAUCUCAGAGCCGUACAAAGUGUACCGCCUCGUUCCACUUGAAGAACAAGGUGUGGUGAAAGUGAAGACAGAGGAGGUACGGCGAGCCGUGAGGAGCACCAGGAGGAGACGCAGCAACUCUGAGAGAGAUGAACAUGUUGCAUGCAAAACGGUCAAAGAGGAGGUCACUGCAACGGAGCCAAUCAGCAUGAGUGCACAGGAAAUGGUCCCAAAUACAGGAAAUAAGAUUACACUCCAAGCAGAUGUGGAGACUACGCCCUUAAAGAGUGACAACAGUAAUGUUCUGAAUUUACCGCCUGAAUUCAAUUUGUAUGGUCAAGAUGGUGACAAUAUCCAGUUAAACUUGACCAUUGAAGCAGUACCUUUGUCGAUAGAAAACAGAGUACUGCACUCUUUCCAUGUAAGCGUGCACUACAUCGGUCAGGAGGUUUUACGGCGAGAAAUAAUAAGCAAUGAUGUUCGGAUUGCAUACCUGCCCCCCUCACCUAUCCCCCCGUCACCACCGUCUCUGAACGGCACCGGUUUCUCUCGAAUCCCUCUUCCAGACCCCCCCUCAGACAUGAGCUCCAUCCCCAGCCUCGCACCACGUCUGCAAGCACUGUGCAAACUGUUGCCCUUCAUGGAGCGGGGAGUAGUGCUCACAUCUACUGGAGGGGGCGUCUACGCCAAGCGCUUCUGUCAGGGGCGGGUGUUUUGGAGAGGACCACACACCACCACAGAACCAUGUAAAAUGGAGAGAGCGGGCGAGCCCACUCUACUCUUCAGCAAGGAUAGAUUCAGACAGGAGCUGGACUCUUUCCGCAGUGGAGGAAAUCCACCUCAAAGUGAAAUCACACUGUGUUUUGGAGAAGAGCUGUUUGAUGGAGAGGACCUCUCUGAGAAACACAUCAUUAUUAAGAUCUCCCUCCCAUGGGCUGAGUCGCAGAUACAGGAGGUCCAGACCUUCAGAGACUCGAUUGCAAUUCUAAGAAACUUGGCAAGUCAGUCGCCAUCAGGGGAGGUCACGCUGAACUUUGAAGUAGCAGAGCCAGUGAUAAUUAGCCCUUAAGAUAACACUCACUGUACAGAUUAAAUUGAAGAAACAUGACCUGAGACAACUUGUAGAGACGCUUACAUUUACAUUUGACUUCAAAGUGUAUGUUUGUGGUCAUCAACUAAAUACAUUUAUAGUGAUUCCACCCAGAUAUUUACAAAUACACGUAGUAUAAAACCUAAUCAGUAGUAAACAUGGCGUUGUCUCAUUGUACGUUUCACUGCAAAUUGUUGCUUUGUGAUUUCUCAAGUCACUAUACAGUAUCCCAUACAGGCUAGUGAAAAUGUAAGUAAUGAUUUACUAGUUGUCCUCUGUAAUGUAUUUCAUAUUUAACUGAGAAUCACAAUGUACUCAGCACAAGCAUUGUAAUUUGCAUUAACAACAAACUGUGCAUUCAACUACAAAUGGAAUGUUAUACAUUUUCAUAGAUAAAGAGUAGCCUGCAAUUUAUAUAAUGGUAUCUAGAUCCAACGCUAAUGUAUUAUAUUGGGUUGACUCAUUUAAAAUGGGUUUGCACUAUUUGUCAUUUGUGAAUGACGCAUUAAAUAAUGGAAAUGGUGUUUAAACUGGCUGCAGAUAUUCUAUGAUUUAAUCAAAACAUUUUAUGUCCAAUAUCAACAUUUUAAGUCAUGAUAAAGGCAUUGGAGUGUCCUAAAUUAGUGUCCUAAAUAAUUUGCCUAAAAAUGUAUGUCCUCAUAUGGGGACAGCGGGUCUAUGAUUUGAUUUUUUGUUUUUAAAUUAACAGCAAUCUAUGGAAAGUCAACUUUGUGUAUCAAAUUGUUUAUUA